AUGCGUCCUGUUCCCGCCCGGGGUUUCUUCCUUUUUAUUCCCCCGGGCUCCGUGGAGGGCCGGCUAACAUGCCAGAAAAUAUCCCGGCAUUCAUACCCUCUGAGGGGAUUACCGUUCAUCAAUCGAGCAAGUGAUUCCAAGGUUUUGACCCCGCCUGUUUGUAAGGGACGAUUCGACAGGAAGGCGUCUUCGCCUCAACGGCCGGCUUUCUGGGAUUGCAAAGCCAGCAGCGGCCGAGCGUCGUCGAGCUUCACGGUCAAGGACAUCCUCGCCAACCAGGGACCGCAUGCAGCCAAACCACGUAAGACUCACUCUGCUCUACAUAAGUCAAGGUUGGGUGCAGGAGAAAAUCCCACCGGAGAAAGAAUCCCGCGGCCCGAAAAUGCCGUAGAUCCCCACUUCGGCUACGACGAUUUCCACAUGCCUUACGACCCGAGCCAGAGCAACAACCCGUACCUGGCUGGUUCGAUGCACGACCAUUACCCUUCCGGCCCAUCACAUCCCGGCGUCGAGGAGCAGGCUAACAUGACUCGCUGGGGCCUGACGACGCCGACCACGCACUUCGAAAGUGCUGUGUCAGCACCAGGGGUUCUUUGCGACAGCGUCGGGUGUCAUCGACGUUCGCCACACCCAGGCCGGUCCUCGAUCUCGUACCCUGAACGAUAUUCCGGACCCAGCUUUGUAUUCCCGGCUGUCUUGCCUUUGAGUACGGUGGAGGCAUCGCGGGUUGCUUGUCGAUCAAGUCGAGGUAAUUAUCUCCUGGGAACCGCGCAGGUUUGCCUGAGAGCUUCCAGGUCGUUACGGGCCCCGGUCACUGAGGCCGUGGGGUUUUUGUCCGGGUUCCCGAGCGGGAUGCCGCCGGCGCAAGUGAGUCCCGACACGACGUGUCAUCAGCCUCUCCACGGACUCGUGGACGCCUACCAACAGGCGUCCCCGUACGCCGAAAAGGACUCCGAGGACUGCGACCGCCACCAGCCGCCCUACCCCGUGUGCCACAUGCAGGGGUUCCUGCGACCAGACAUAAAGCCCAACAUCGCAGACAGCACCCAACCGUCCGCCAAGAGUCCCGAAAGCGUCAUCAAGAUCAAGUCGGAGCUUUCUUCGUCCGGGUCCGGUCCGGACACGAACCUCGGCCCGGGAGAGCCGACGAAGAAGCGGAAACGCAGGGUUCUGUUUUCGAAAGAUCAGGUGGAACCCCUUUCCUGA